UCCAGGAUCGUCUGGUUUGCCUGACGAAAGAGGGAGACUUCAAAAUGGAGGAGCAAAAGAGAAGUGAAAACCUGCUGGGUUUCGACAGCCCUGGAUGCAGAGAUGAGAUCUUCUUCCUGAAGCUGCAGCCGGAUUUGGUGGUGCUGGAGCAGAAACUGAGCAAUUUCUCACACAAAAGGGCCAAUCUGCAGCAGGUGCUGCUGGGGUUCAAAGCAACAGCCAGGCGGGUGAACAAGACACUAGAUGAGAAACCUCCGAUAGAUCAUUCCAAGCCAAGGGAACCACUUGAAAAGCUGAUGGGAGGAACCACCGGUGAAGUUUCCCCACAUCAAGAAUCAGGAGACGCUUCUGAGGGUCGACAUGGAUCAGAAAGCAGGCGGGGGAACUGCCCAAGCAAAAGGGAAAAGGAUGAAUCCAUUCCCAGAGAAGGUGACCUUGUCAGGAACAAAGUUCAGCCGAACUCUCAAGAGAACAAGAAGCAGAAGAUUUGUGUGGAGUGUGGGAAAAGCUUCAGUCAAAGCUCGCGUCUUAUUAGGCACCAGAGAAUCCACACGGGCGAAAAGCCGUACAAGUGCUCGGACUGCGGAAAGAGUUUCUGCCAGAGAUCCGGCCUCAUCGUCCAUCGGAGAACCCACACGGGCGAGAGGCCUUACAAGUGCUCGCAUUGCGAGAAGAGUUUCAGCUUGAACUCCAACCUCAUCGCGCACGAGAGGACCCACACGGGGGAAAAGCCCUUCAAAUGCUCGCACUGCGGGAAAGGCUUCAGUCAGAGGUCGGGUCUGACAGCUCACGAGGGGACACACCGGGAAGAGAAGCCGUACAAGUGCUCCGAGUGCGGGAAAAGCUUCUGCCGGAGCUCCGAUCUCAUCGUCCACGUGACGACCCACACGGGGGAGAAGCCCUACAAGUGCUCCCACUGCAGGAAGAGUUUCAGCCGGAGGCCGGACCUCAUCAUCCAUGAGAGGACCCACACGGGAGAGAAACCGUACAAGUGCCCCAAUUGUGGGAAAAGCUUCAGCCAGAGGUCAGGUCUCAUAGCGCACGAACGGACCCAUGCGGAGGAGAAGCCCUACAAAUGCGCGGUUUGCGGUAAGAGCUUCGGCCACGGCUCACAGCUCACCGUGCACGAGACAACCCACGUCAGCGAGAAACCCUUCAAGUGCCUCGAUUGCGAGAAAAGCUUUGGCCGGAAACCAGACCUCAUGGCGCACUGCCGGAACCACACGGGGGAGAAGCCCUACGAGUGCGCCAGCUGCGGGAAAUGCUUCAGCCAGAGGCCGAGCCUGAGCUCCCACGAGAGGACCCACCUGGGGGAGAAGCAAUACCCCUGCUCGGAGUGCGGAAAAAGCUUCCGGAACAGCUCCAACCUGAAGUCCCACAAGAGAACCCACGUCGGUGACAAGCCCUACAAGUGCUCCGUGUGCGAGAAAAGCUUCAAGUGGAGCUCCAACCUCAUUGCCCACGAAAGGACCCACACCGGAGAGAAGCCGUACCGCUGCUUGGACUGCGGGAAGAGCUUCAAGUGGAGUUCGGAUCUUUGCAGACAUCAGAAAAUCCACUCGGGGGAGAACUUGUGAACAGGCCGAGGGCGAGGAAAGCUCUUUUUUAAUGGUGCUUUUGCACGGCGCUGCCUUUGUCCCUGUUUUGA